AUGCUUGUGCUUGAUUCUACCUCAUCCUCUUCCGGAAUUCGUACAGUCAUGGAAACUAAUCAAGUUCUUCGUCAAUUUUACGAUGCGACAACAUUUUAUUAUCAUAACAAAGUUGGCCUUAACAGUCGACCAAAUGCUUUUGCUAUAUUUUCAGGAACUCGUAUAUCUCAGUUGGAUGAGCGCCACUUUCCCGGUAAAAGUGAUUCCGAGUAUUUAAAUUCGUGUAAAGAUGGUGUGAAAAAAAAUGAAACUGUAACUUAUGAUUUCAUCAAUCAAAGUUAUGCAUCAAUAUUAGCGGAAGAUUGGAUUGGUGCAUUUAAUUGGCCAAAUUGUAAAGGUUAUGACUAUCCGCCAACCGAUCAUUUUUGCAAUGCUAUGGUAUUGCGAUCUACCGUAAAGCAACCGAACAAAGAAGAGAAAGAUUUCGAGAAAUAUUUUUAUAAAGCAGAUUGCCAAGAACCUUAUCACAAGGUGAUGAAUUAUGCUAGCAAAUUCCUAGACGAAUAUAAUGGAAUCUCAAAAUUUGUUGUGAUAUGGCUAUCAUUGAUGACACAUGAUUCGGCUAGCGGAUUGUAUCGUACUGAUAAGUAUUUCGCUAAUUUUUUUCGUAAGCAUGUCAACAACUUGAAUAACUCAUUCGUAUUUCUAAUGGGUGAUCACGGAUUACGAUUUGGUGAUAUUCGAUCAACUCGUCCUGGUCAGAUGGAAGAUAAUAAUCCAUUGUUUAUGGUAGCAUUACCAAAAUAUUUACGCUCAAAUGAACAGCUUAUUUUAAAUUUAAAACAAAAUUCUCGAAGGCAUACAUCUCAGUUUGACUUCUAUGCAACAUUAUAUGAUAUAGCUCGGUAUGCAAGGAAAGAUAAUUUCCAGAAAUGGGAUGAACACGAUUUCAGAAAUGAAUUUGGUGACAUAAGAGGUGGCAUUCGUGCAAAGAGCAUUCUAAGGCCUAUUUUAUAUGACAGGACAUGUGAAGAAAUGGAAAUUCCGGAUGAAUACUGCAUUUGUGAACAAAUUUGGCAUAAGACUGAUAUACACAGUGAUAAUGUGACAAAUGCCGCUCAGUUUCUCAUUAAUGAUAUCAACGAUUUCUUAAAACAGAAAAAUCUCACCGAAAUCUGCGAAAGGCUUGAUUUCAUAGAAGUAAUUUCGGCAAAUCAACUUGAAAAUAAAUCAGUUUUAAAGAUAGUCGUAAGUGCUUCACCGAGUUAUGGAAAAUAUGAAGCGCAAUUGUUAAAGGAGAAAGAUAACUUUAUAAUAAUCACAAAAAUAACUCGAUUGGAUAAGUACGGUGAACAAGGAUACUGUGCACCUGCUGAAGACGUUCGACCAUUGUGUUACUGUCGCCAACAGUUGACAACAUCUACGACGCGCUGA